AUGGCAGAUGCAAAUAUUUCGAAAAAUGAUUUGGAAAACGUGUGUCAAGCCCUGGGAAUUUCUACUGAAGGGGUAAAAUCCGAUCUUGUACAGAGAUUACGCAAACACUUGAAAGGAAAAAACCGUGCAUUUAGCCACGAGUCAGAGGAGUCUUAUAGAAGUGAAGGAGGCAAUUCUAAUACUCAACUACUUGAUGAUGGUUUGGAAACGACAGAAAUGCAGAACUUGAGUUCACAGGCAAAAACACUAAAAGAAUUAGCUUAUCAAUCUAGAAAAGGAAAUGCGACAGGAAUCCCACCCACCAGAGAACAAUCAUCCACCCCUAGCAUUCGUAGGUCUGAGCCAACUCAUGCACAAACAGAAAACAAAAAGAAACGACCAUUGCCAAACGAAGAGGAUGGAGACCAGGAUUUGAUUAGUAAUCAAAUGUUGAUAGAGUUUAAAAGGCUCGAAAACGCUAUGAUAAAUAUAAAUGAUAAGUUAAACACAGUUACGGCACAAGUACAAGAUACUAGACACAAAGUUGAAGUCAAUGAGGUAUGGCAAAAGCACAAAUUCGAAAAAGCUCGUGAUCAACACGAAUACGAUGCUCUAUGCAAAAUUGGGAAAGAAUUAGACCUUGCAAUGGAAUCAAGAAGCACUGUAGAGGUUGUAAAUCAUAUUGAUUUAGCACGAGAAAUAGCAGCAAAUCGCAUAUUCACUUUGAGAGUAGCAGAAGAAUAUGGUUGGGAUAUAGCAUCAGCUCUUCCUGAUACGCAAGAUAAUUGGUUGAAAGGAAAAGACUCAUUAAUAGAAAAAGCAAAAACUCUAGUAGAAGUGAAGAAAACCAAACGUCAGAGGAUAUAUGAGUCAUCAAAGUCAAGUAACUUUGGUCGUUGGAAUGAUGCAGAAAAAUUUUUUCGUACCAACUAUCGACAGAAAACAAACUCAUUCAACAAAUGUUAUAUCUGCAAUGGACUUGGCCACUAUGCAAACGAGUGCCCAUCCGAUCCAAAUAGAGAAAGUAGAAAAUAUCAUCCCAACUACCAAUCAAAAGGAUAUACAACUUACUACAACAAAUAUAAAAAUUAUGAAGACAGAAAUCGUGAUGAGAGAAAACUUGAUUGA